AUGAGGUGUGAGGACCCAGAUGUAGGCCACAGACACCUGCGAUCAUAUACACUGGCAGAAAAGGAAGAAGAAGAAGAAGAAGAAGAAGAAGAAGAAGAAGAAGAAGAAGAAGAAGAAGAAAAAGAAAGAAAGAAAGAAAGAAAGAAAGAAAGAAAGAAAGAAAGAAAGAAAGAAAGAAAGAAAGAAAGAAAGAAAGAAAGAAAGAAAGAAAGAAAGAAAGAAAGAAAGAAAGAAAGAAAGAAAGAAAGAAAGAAAGAAAGAAAGAAAGAAAAAGAGAAAGAAAGAAAGAAAGAAAGAAGAAGAAGCAGAAGAAGAAGCAGAAGAAGAAGCACAAGAAGAAGAAGAGGAAGAAGAAGAAGAAGAAGAAGAAGAAGAAGAAGAAGAAGAAGAAGAAGAAGAAGGAGAAGAAGAAGAAGAAGAAGAAGAAGAAGAAGAAGAAGAAGAAGAAGAAGAAGAAGAAGAAAGAAAGAACGAAGAAAGAAAGAAAGAAAGAAAUAA